UGGAGCGAACAAGUAGCAUUAGGAGAAAAGCCAUGGGUAGACAACACAAGGCUGAAGUCAUGAUUGCUGGAGAACAACUCAGGUUGAGACUUCACGAUGGAAAACAGAUCAAGGAGCGACGCUACCACCUGCGCACGUAUCCCAACUGUUUCGUCGCACAGGAGCUAAUAGACUGGCUGGUGGGCCAUAAGGAAGCUCCAGAUAGAGCAACAGCUGUCUGUCUCAUGCAGUACCUCAUGGACAAUGACAUUGUUCAUCACGUCUGUGAUAAGAGGUCAUUGUUCAAGGAUGCCAAACUGCUGUACCGUUUCCGGAAGGAUGAUGGCACUAUUCCCUUCAAUUUAGAAGUUAAGAUCUUCAUGAGAGGACAACGGCUGUAUGAACAGUAAGAGCUGCUGUGUUUGAGC